UGGCUGAGCGCAUAAAUGGGCGGGCGGGCGCGGGCGGAGGCGUGCGCGGGGCGGGCUCGCAGCAGUCUCGGGUGUGGGCGGGCGCGGAGCCGCCGCCUCUCGCGGGUUCCGUUAGGUGCGGCGGGCGGCCGUUCGCUGGCAGUCGGGCACCGGGACCUACUGGCCAUGGACACCAAGAAGAAAAUCACAGCACCUCUUGUCUAUGCUGUUUGCAUUGCUGCCAUUGGAUCUCUCCAGUUUGGUUACAACACUGGUGUAAUUAAUGCACCUGAGAAGAUCAUCCGGAAGUUUUUCAACAAAACCCUGUCAGAAAGGAGUGGGAAGGCUGUCUCCCAAGAACUACUCACCUCUCUAUGGUCGCUUUCUGUGGCCAUCUUCUCAGUAGGAGGCAUGAUUGGCUCCUUCUCAGUCAGUCUGUUUGUAAACAGAUUUGGCAGGAGGAACUCCAUGCUGCUGGUGAAUGUCUUGGCCUUUACCGGUGGCCUUCUCAUGGCCUUCUCUAAGGCAGCAAAGGCAGUGGAGAUGUUGAUUAUUGGCCGCUUUGUUAUUGGUGCUUUCUGUGGCCUCUGCACCGGCUUUGUGCCCAUGUACAUCAGCGAGGUCUCACCCACCAGCGUCCGUGGAGCCUUCGGCACCCUCAACCAGCUGGGCAUUGUUGUGGGCAUCCUGGUGGCUCAGAUCUUUGGACUGGAGGCAAUCAUGGGCACUGAAGGACUUUGGCCAAUGCUUUUGGGGUUCACGGUCCUCCCAGCAAUUGUGCAGUGUAUAGGUCUUCUGUUCUGCCCUGAAAGCCCCCGCUUCCUAUUGAUCAACAAGAUGGAGGAGGAGAAAGCCCAAGCAGUUCUCCAGAAGCUCCGUGGUGAUCGAGAUGUGUCUCAAGACAUCCAGGAGAUGAAAGAAGAAAGUGCUAAAAUGUCCCAGGAAAAGAAAGCAACUGUGCCAGAGCUCUUCCGUUCUCCAAACUACCGCCAAGCCAUUAUCAUCGCCAUCAUGCUGCAGCUCUCCCAGCAGCUCUCAGGCAUCAAUGCUGUAUUCUAUUAUUCCACGGGGAUUUUUGAAAGAGCUGGUAUCACACAGCCUGUCUAUGCCACCAUUGGAGCUGGUGUGGUAAACACAGUCUUCACUGUGGUGUCGCUGUUCCUGGUGGAGCGUGCAGGGCGCCGGACCCUCCAUUUAGUUGGUUUGGCUGGCAUGGCUGUCUGUGCUGCUAUUAUGACUGUGGCUUUAGCUCUGAAGGACAUUGUGGACUGGAUCAGAUACAUCAGCAUUGUUGCCACUUUUGGCUUUGUGGCUCUUUUUGAGAUUGGUCCUGGCCCUAUCCCAUGGUUCAUUGUGGCAGAGCUCUUCAGCCAGGGCCCACGACCUGCAGCCAUGGCAGUGGCUGGUUGUUCCAACUGGACCUCCAAUUUCUUGGUGGGAAUGCUCUUCCCUUAUGCAGAGAAACUAUGUGGCUCCUAUGUCUUCCUCAUCUUCCUUGUGUUCUUGGUCAUCUUCUUUGUCUUCACCUUCUUCAAAGUGCCAGAGACCAAGGGCAGGACUUUUGAAGACAUCUCUAGGGGCUUUGAAGGACGAGGAGCAAACAAUGACUCGUCACCCCAGAAGACCCCCAUGGUGGAGCUGAACAAAACAGCUGCCUAAGAUCCAUGACACACCCGUUCUUUAACUCGUUCAUGCUUAAAGAGUCAUUAAAGGAAUGAGCAAAGAAAACCAUGAGAACUGGGACGUUUUUCCCCUCCUCAAUUGCUGCUAUAUCCUUUUUAUCCACAUGCUCGCCCAUUCUGCCAGGCUUGCCAGCAUUAAGCAAAUCAGAUACGGGUGAUCUGCUGUACUGGAAAGCACCUGGCACUUGCAAAAAUAAUCUCAUCUUUCCUGCCGCAAACAUCAGGAGAACAGAGAAGAGCUGGCAAUAUUUUUACUUUUCUCCCAUAAAAUUGCUGUUUGGGGUUAACAUACUUAUGCACACAGUGAUCAUUAUGUAUUUGAAUCUAAUUACUAUUUUUGUAGUGAGUUGAAGUUGACCUGCUAAACAAGUCCCCAGCCCUUUGAGUCUACUCUGUGUGCGUGUGUAUGGUGUUACACUGGAAUUUAGCAAGUUUACCAAAAAGCCAUCUUGGUUUUUCCUAUCCAGUGUACACUAUUUUUAGCCUCAGGAAAAAGGGGACCAAGUCACAUGCAUAUUUUUUCCUGCUCUUUUAUUUUUUGUAUAGACAUACUGAAAGCAUACUUUUACUUCCGUUUAUUUAUUUGUAUGUCACUUUGUAAAUAUUUAUUUUUUUAAUGGUGUACAAAAAUGUACAGAUAAAGAAAUUGGAGACGUUUAAGAGAAAUAGCUAUCUAACAAAAGAUGCUGUAGACUUGAGGUGCAAUAAGACUGUAAAGGAGAAAUGUACUAAAAAGGAGAUUGAGCAUUUUAGGUGGCAUGUACAGCAGAGCCAAUUAUGCACAUCACCUUGAAGUUAUUUGUGCCCUCUGGAAAGAAAUCUGACGAGUUGUGUACUUGUGGGAAGAGGUAUGUUUCUGCACUAAAAUCUCUGUUAUUAGGGAUUUUUGGUGGCUAUUUUAAAUAAUUGUUCUCAAGUGUUGAUGAGAGUGUGAUGUUGCAUCUUACAAUGGGUUUUGUUGGAUUAUAUUUUCAGACAUGGUUUUAAGCAUUCUAUGGAUGAUUGAGGAUGGUGAUUGCAAACCAGAGGGUAAUUUUUCCUGCCUUCUCUUAUUUCUUUUUGGCUUGCUCUGUUAUAGUCUGUCAUAAAUUCUGAAAUUUGCCGAUUGUCAUUCAAAGGAGAGUGCAAGGAUAAAAAAUUACUUUUCAAAGCUGUAUUUUCUUAGCAGUUGUUCCUAUAAAUAUUACAGAGGCAUAUAGCAUGACCCUUCUGGACACAGGCAUGGUCAGUUGUGGUACAUGUAAGUUCAUAAGAGUAGAGAUGCAGGACUAGACACCACAGCUACUGGAAUUUGCUGGUUUAGCAGUGCAAAAGGUCUGUAGUGCUCAGUCCCCUGCUUGGUUGAAGGCCAGGUGUUUAUUGCCCCAUAUAUCCUCUCUGGAAGGUCUGCAUGAUGUUGUGGUGCUCACCAGUGUGCUUUGUAGAUGUGUACAGCUCUGUUACAGUGCCUCUGUUCAAAGGGAUGUGGCAGGCAGUAAUUGUUCAUCAGUAAAUGUCGGUCUCCUUGCUUGUCAUUCCGCUGGGCAAUUGAGUCUGUGUGUCCCCCAGCCUUGCUGCCGAGCUAGCACAGCUCAGGUCAGGCAGGCAAAAAGUUGAACAUAGGGUGCACUUGCAAUCAAGGAGGGGCAGCUUUAAUCACUGCAGUGUUCUGUGACAGGCUCCAGGCCUGUGUCUGUCCAGACCUGCACAAAAUAUCUAAAGGUAGCACAGAGGGUAUGUCCAAUUAAAUUCCUGCUCUUCUGAGGUCAAGCUGCAGUUUUUGGAUGUGGUUGAACUCAGGUCGACCUGCUGGAAUUCAUUACUGGAUAGCCUAGAAGAGAGGCAGGCCCAUGGAUUCUGAGGUGGUAAAAGGAAGAAAGACUUAGAAAGGUUAAAAUGACAGUAAGACUUGUGUAGCAUGGAUAGCCCAAGCUUUCUUGCCAACAUAAUGCUUCAGAGCAGGUUAGAGAAAUUCCCAUUGAUGUAUUUUCUGGGGGGUCUGUCUGACAUUUUCAGUAACUAGUGAUGGCAUUUCUACCUUCCCUAAUGAGAAACAGUUGCAGAGAUCAGUUAAAUUUGCUGCUGUUAAAUGCUUCCUGUGAAUAAAUUUGAAAUGCCCCAGCUUUGCACAAUGCAAUCAUAUUACAUCCAGUUUUCCCAAGCUUUUUAUUUAGGCUUACAUUCCAGAUAUUUAUUCUUGAAAGUAUUAUGUAAGACGUCUCUCCCAGUUUUGAUAUUCUGGCUCAGUUACAUAGAUUUCUGUGCCCUUCCUUUGACCCUCCAGCACAUCCAGACAUGAUAUUUCUAUAUGGGUAUCUGUAUGUUAGGAAUUUCCCCCCACAGCUGUGCAUAAGAGCAUUCCAUACUUUGCAUCAGAUGUGUGUUGGCUUGGACCGAAAUGUGUAGGCCUUUCUCACACGGUAUCUUUAUUUUCUUUUUCUGUAGCGGCAUUGUGAAUAUUUUGGAUGGAUUUUAUAUGCUUAUUAAUGUGGUUGUUUCCUGGUUUUGAAAUAAAAAAUAUGAAAUAAAUACCUGAUUUGGAUUUUA